UGGAGGAGGGCCUUGCUGGUUGCUAAGGGAAACCUCUAGAAGCAAGAUGGCAGCCGCCAGCCAGAGAAGCCCAACCUCCCGCCUGCAGCGCCGGGACUCGCAGGGGCGACCGCCGCAGGACGGUUACGGUGUCUACACAUACCCAAAUUCUUUCUUUCGAUAUGAAGGAGAAUGGAGAGGAGGAAAGACACACGGUCGUGGGAAGCUGCUGUUUAAAGAUGGAAGUUAUUAUGAAGGCGAAUUUGUGGAUGGAGAGAUCAUGGGAGAAGGCUGCCGGCUCUGGGCCUCGUCAGGGAACACCUAUUCUGGACAGUUUGUUUUGGGAGAGCCCCAAGGUCACGGCAUCAUGAAGUACAAAGCCGGCGGACGUUACGAAGGGGAGCUCUCCCGCGGCUUGAGAGAAGGACAUGGGUGUCUGGUGGACCAGGACGGGCAAGUGUACCGGGGGUCGUUUCACAACAACAAGCGACACGGCCAAGGGCAGAUGGCCUUUCAGAACGGUGACAAGUAUGAUGGCGACUGGGUUCGGGACCAGCGUCAGGGGCACGGGGUGCUGUGGUGCGCAGAUGGCUCCACCUAUGAGGGACAGUGGCACAGCGACGUCUUCAGUGGACUGGGCAGCAUGGUCCACUGCUCCGGGGUCGGCUACCAUGGGAUGUGGAUCAACGGCCGCCCAGUGGCACAAGCCACGAGGACUGUGAUUUUGGGUCCAGAGGUGAUGGACGUGGCCCACAACUCCUCCUUCACGUUGCAGGUGGAGCUGCAGCAGGACAAUGGCGAAGUGGCCGAGAGUGAGGACGGCCGGGUUUUGAAGAUUUCAGCAGGCGUCAGGUAUGUGCAGCUGCCAGCCUACUCAGAGGUCAGCUUCUUCAAAGUGGACAAGGGCAGCCGAGAGGGGCCCAUCCAGACCCCAUUUGGGUUUGAGUGCAUCACCUAUCCUCUGUCAAGCCCCAUGUCUGGGGCCCCGGAGCUCAGCGCUGCCCCAGAAAGUGCCAGCACCGGUUCACCUCUCCCCCAGGGAGAUCUGGAGGUGACGAUGGGAUCAGAUGCCCUGUGUGACCAGGAGGACACCCCUGGCACCCUGUCCGCUGGGGGAGGCAUGCCCCGCUGUCCUGAGGACUGUCGGCGAGUGAAGCGAGGCCGGGCCCAGUUCACGGACGUCUGCCUCGGGCCCCCUCCACCAGGGUACCACCCCAUCCCGUUCCUGGACAGCAAGCACGAGAAGGCAAGCAACAGGCCCAGAGGCAGCUUGGGCCCCGGGAGGACGACGCCCACCGUGCGGGACCCACCAGCAGGCAGCAGGCCUGACGGGGCAGCCAAGGCAGAGCCCGUGACAACAGCCUUCCCAGGGGAGUAUGUCAUCAUGAUCCACGACGUGACCAACCCUCCGUUCCUGGGCCGCGUGCUGCCCACCGCCUUCAAACACCUUCGGGUCUCUUUAAAGGGGAUGGGACAGCAGCCCCACAUCCCCGGUGAAGACCCUUAAGCCCCAAACUAGGAGGGCCGCCUCCAAACACCAGAGAGCAGCCAGUGUUUUCUCAGGAGAACACCUUAUUUUUAGAGGAACGAUACACUGCGUCGGCUUUCUAGGCAGCCAUACUCCAUCUCCCCAGUCGGCCUUAGUGGGGGUGCCAAGGAAGCCCCCCAUGCACCCCAUAGCUGCUGGCUUUAAUAAAAU